GCGGGAGGGAGGGAGCCGCUCACAGGAACCCUCCAAAAAAAAAGAUGGCGGCGGGCUCGGAUCUGCUGGAUGAGGUUUUCCUGAACGCUGAGGUGGAUGAGAAGGUGGUGAGCGACCUGGUCGGCUCCCUCGAGUCCCAGCUGGCCGCCUCGGGCCACCACAAGGCGCAGGAGCCCCUCAGGCCCGCGGGGGGGCUGCUGGGCAACCAUGUUGUGAGCGGCAGCAGUAGCAGCAGCAGCCCGAGCCCGAGCCCAGGAGGAGGAGGAGGAGUAGGAGGCAAUGCUAAUGUCCAAACAGAGAGCAACACCACCGGCAGCACCGCCGCCAAGAUGGGACUCAGUGGCCCCGAGAUCACCAAGCCAGGAGCUGGGGGCGUGCAAGGGAGCGUUAUCAAUCAUAACGCCCGGUCCCAGGGUUCCAGUCUGGAUGGGGCCACCACGACCAGCGCCAGCACUGCCGCAGGAGUCCAGAGUGGAUCAGAAGCCGCUGUCGCCCCGGGGACCCUCAGCCAGGGCAAGUCGGUGGUGAUCAGUACCAUGGCAACAGCUCUGUCUACCAGGAAUGGGAAAAUCGGGACCACGGCAGUGCAGACUCUGAACGGGAGUAAUGUGGUGAUGAACUCUCACCAUUCAGGGAGCGCCUCUUUCUCGGCCACCCCUGUGACGGCUAACCCCGCCGUCAUCCCCGCCGUCACCCCUCUUGUCAACAACGGACCGGGAAACGUGGGGAAGGUAAACACCGCGAAUGCCGUUUUGCCGUCUGCUUCUAAUACCGUCAUCCAGACUUCUUUCCUUGGCACCGGAGUGUCAUCUGCCUCUUCCCCCUCCCCUUCGGUGAUCUCCUCACAACAGCCCCCGAGCAUCGGGACCGGGGGCCCGACUGUAGCAUUGGUGAGGCCACCCAUUCACACGGCAGGACCCUCGGUGGCUGCCGCCACUCAGAAUGGGAGCAAUACUGUGAUCAACUCAACCAUUAGCGUGGGAAGCUUUCCUCCCACGGCUGCCACUGCUGCCACUGUGGGAUCUGGCGUUUCCCUCCAGACGUCUCUUGUGAACAGCCAGCCGGGUUCUGGUGUGCCGGCUGCGCCCGCCGCGCAGGUCAUCAAAUCGGAAUCUCCUAAAACCAUUGUGCAGGCAGUAACUCAACAGCAAGCUCUGGCUGCUGGUGGCCAGCCCAGUACUACAGGGGGUAAUAUGAUCAUUGGGCAAACUAUGCAAGCUGGGCUGUCCAACAUGGCUCCUAACCCUGGCGGGGUACCUCCUGCGCCUCCGGGUACCCCCACAGGCCUGGUGAAGGGUGCUCCCAAUACAGUGGCACAGAGCCUGCCGAGGACUCCUACAGCAACUACGAGUGGGAUCAGAGCAACUUUGGCUCCCACGGUUUUAGCACCUCGUCUGCCUCAGCCUCCUCAGAACCCAACAAAUAUCCAGAACUUUCAGUUGCCGCCAGGCAUGGUCCUUGUACGUAGCGAGAACGGCCAGUUACUCAUGAUCCCUCAACACACUUUGGCGCAAAUGCAGGCACAUGCGCAGUCCCAGCCUCAAACGACCAUGACUCCUCGCCCUGCCACGCCUACCAGCGCUUCUUCGGUCCAGAUCUCGACUGUGCAGGUCAGUUCACUGAGAAAUGCUCCUGGAACACCCAUCAUUGCACGGCAGGUGACCCCGACCACUAUAAUCAAGCAAGUCUCACAGGCACAGACGACAGUGCAGCCCACGACGACGUUACAGCGGCCGCCCGUAGUUCAGCCUCAGAUCGUUCUGGGUAGUACGGCACAAACGUCGGCGUUGGGAGCAGCUGCAGCUGUGCAGACAGGAACUGCUCAGAGGACGGUGCAAGCAGCCACGGCACCCUCGACUGCGGCCACAGAAACCAUGGAAAAUGUGAAAAAAUGCAAGAAUUUUCUCUCUACACUAAUAAAACUGGCCUCUUCUGGAAAGCAGUCUACAGAAACUGCAGCUAAUGUGAAAGAACUAGUCCAGAACCUGCUGGAUGGAAAAAUCGAAGCUGAAGAUUUCACCAGCAGGCUGUACCGGGAACUUAAUUCUUCACCUCAACCCUACCUUGUGCCUUUCUUGAAGCGGAGCUUACCUGCCUUGAGACAGCUGACUCCGGACUCUGCGGCUUUCAUUCAGCAAAGCCAGCAGCAGCAGCCCACGACGCAGCCCACGACCACUCUGACAGCUGUGAUGCUGAACAGCCCCAUUCAGCGCACGGCGGGGAAGACCACUUCCACCGUCACGAGCACCUUGCAGCAGCCGGUCAUCAGCCUGACACAGCCAACGCAAGUCGGGGUUGGCAAACAAGGGCAGCCCACGCAGGUGGUCAUCCAGCAGUCUCAAAAACCGGGCACGUUGAUUAGGCCUCCGCAAGUGACGUUGACACAGACCCCAAUGGUGGCCUUGCGACCACCGCACAACCGUAUUAUGCUUACCGCUCCUCAGCAAAUUCAGCUGAACCCGCUUCAGACAGUCCCUGUGGUAAAACAAACAGUAUUACCUGGAACCAAAGCUCUUUCUACUCUUUCAACCCAAGCAGCAGCUGCUCAGAAAAAUAAACUCAAAGAACCCGGGGGAGGCUCUUUUAGGGAUGAUGACGAUAUUAACGAUGUCGCAUCGAUGGCGGGCGUCAACCUAUCAGAAGAGAGUGCGCGUAUAUUGGCUACCAAUUCCGAGUUGGUGGGCACGUUAACUAGAUCGUGUAAAGACGAAACCUUUCUUCUCCCAGCACCUUUGCAAAGAAGGAUACUAGAAAUAGGCAAAAAACAUGGAAUAACGGAAAUCCAUCCUGAUGUAGUUAGCUACGUAUCGCACGCCACGCAACAAAGGUUACAAAACCUGGUUGAGAAGGUAUCGGAAACUGCACAGCAAAGGAAUAUUUCUUAUAAGGACGAUGAAAGAUACGAGCACGCGAGCGACGUUCGGGCGCAGCUCAAGUUCUUUGAGCAGCUUGAUCAAAUCGAGAAACAGCGGAAAGACGAACAAGAAAGGGAAAUUUUAAUGCGGGCGGCAAAGUCUCGAUCUAGACAAGAAGAUCCAGAACAGCUUAGGUUGAAACAAAAGGCCAAGGAGAUGCAGCAGCAAGAACUAGCACAAAUGAGACAGAGGGAAGCCAACCAAACUGCUUUGGCGGCAAUCGGUCCCAGAAAGAAGAGGAAAGUGGACUCUCCAGGCGCUGGACCAGGGACGGAGGGGUCCAGUGCGAGCGUGGCAGUCCCAGGCGGGUCCGGCGUGGGAGCGACCAGGCAGUUUACACGGCAAAGGAUAACGCGGGUGAACCUCAGGGACCUCAUAUUUUGUUUAGAAAAUGAGCGAGAGACAAGCCAUUCACUAUUGCUAUACAAAGCAUUCCUUAAGUAACAGAAGCGGAGAAGAUCAAGGUAUUUUUGACCGAGAAGGCAAACCUGGGGACACUUCUUUUUUUAUAUAUAUAUAUUUGCAGAUUACGCCUUUUUUUUUUUAAUAUAAUGAGCAUAUGGGAUAUUGUUUUAAAAAGACAACGACAACCACACCACCACCCCGACAACGAGAACCACCCCGAGACAGCCACCUCUUCACAAGGAACCGUUUUCUAUCCCCGUUUAUGAUAGAACUCUUCGACGUAAGAGCAGAUCUGUUUCUUUGACAGUAAGGAGGAGACUCGCAAAAGGCCUGAGGAGACGAUAAGAAGAUGAUUGAAAAGUUUUAACUCAUCUCUUUGAUGGAGUGGCCUUUCUUCCAAACAAGCCAUAUUAUAGAGACAGAUGGAAUCGUUUUAGCAAAUAACCAGCUUCUCUGUGUCCGAUCCUGUAGCAAUUUCAAACUUUAAAUUGCGCGGUUUGUUUGUUUUUUUUAAAGUUCGGGUUUUCCUUAACUAAAUCGAUUAUAUAGGUAUAUAUCUACAGCAGAUGACCUCAUUUUAUUUUAGCUUUUUUGAAAGAAAGUCAGUUAGCAAAGCAAACUGAUUUUAAUAAAAUAUUUAUCUCCCCUCUCCCCUCGAAUGGUUCAGAUCCUAGAUUACACUUAAUUUUAAGCGUAAACCUCGUUUUUUUUUCUUUUUUAAAAAAGAGAUCUCGUUAUUAUUGCUUAUUAGAGGCAACCCCAACUGAAGGGCCCCCACAAAUGAGGGUUCACUUCUGAAUGUUUUAUCAGCAUCUGUAAAAAAAAGAAAAAGAAAAAAAAGAAAUGCAUUUUAUUUGCUAUAGUUUGUAAAGCUGUAAAGUUUAAAAAAACAAGAAAAACGGAAAAAAAAGAAAAUCCUUUUCAGCAUAAAUAUAUUUUACUUGCACUGUGUUUUUUAGCAAAAGUGAAAGCUUAGAUUAAAUAAAAAUCAAAGUUGAGAGGAAUCAUAAAAAAAGACAGUUUCUCAGUGUGAAAAUCAAGUGUUGAAAAAUGGUUGGUGUAUUUUGUCAGUAAUUGUACAUAAUUUUUGGCACAUAACAUUAAAAAAAUGGCUAUGUAAACUAUAAUUAUUUUGCUAAAAGACUGUAUGCAAGCUAUGGGCUUUACUUUAAAGACGUCCAGAGCAAAAGUCCCUUCUUUGUACCUAUUUUUUUAUUACAAAAUAUACUAAUUGGUUCUUUAUAUUUUCAGAGGUUAUUGUAUUAAAUUGUCUAUUGAUAGUACUUUUAUGACUGUAAAUAUGUCGGCUUUCUCUGUGUGGACUCUCAUGUUAGAAUUUAAGGGCAGGAGCUACCAGGAACAUCUCCUGUGCGAUGCCUGUUGAACGGAGGUGCGUGCAAACGGCUUUCCUUUCAACGGGGCUUAUGCAAGAGAUGUUCUUAAGGUGGAUCGCACCUUAACUUUCUUUGUGUGUAAACUGAAUGCUGAUCAGUAUUUUUAUCAACACCCAACAAACUGUUACACCUUUUUAUUUUGUCUCUUGGGGAGGGGGGGAAAUCCUGUCUUUCCAUUUUUUUUUCAUGUAAAUUUUGCACAGUUCCUUGUUCAUAUGUAAAUAUUUUACUUUCAAAAAUGAAGUUUUUAAUUGCUAUUGUUUUAUAUAGGAUUGAAAGAAAAUUAACUCCUUUAUUAAAAACAAAUUUAUCUGUA